AAAAACCUCUUGUUUUUCAUUUCUAUUCGGGUUUCGAAGGGCUCGAGUUUACCCUGAUCUGAUCGAUUCCAGUAUUUUUCUUCGGGUUAUUAUAAGUUCCCGAUUCGAUUUCUUUUUUCUUUUCACGUAUUUAUUUCAUUGCGAAAGACUUUCUUUGUCGGGGGUUUUGAACUUAAUGUUUUUGUUUUAUUCGAAAUCGAUUUAAUUUGUUUAAUUUUGGAGCUCAAAGAAAUUUUAUUCCUGAGAUUAUUAUCGCUUCGGAUAUUGUGUCCUUUUUUUUUUUGGUAUUUCGAUAUCACUCUCCGCUUGAAUUUAACAUUUUUUUUUGCGCAUGAAAUCAAAUUUGAUGCUAUGUAAAGUGCUAGUUUUGUUUGGGAUACUUGCCGCAGUUUCUUAUAGUUGAGUUUCAAUCUGGAUAAUUGAUAAGGUUACAUGUCGGGUUAAUCUCUUUUGGAUGAAAAUAAAUAAAUAAAGAUUUGUGGGAAGAUUACUAAUGGAUAGUUUCGCCGUUUUCGGUUCAUGUUGGCACUAGCUUUGCUUAAGGAUUUUUUUUAUCUUGUUCUAGUUGGUUGUAAGAAGUAAGCUUUUGUGCAAAAAGAAGUAAUUGUUUAUGAUAGUGCCUGAGACAAUUGUAGGACCCUAAUGAAGCAAACAGAUGGAAAACAGCAUCAAAUUUUCGAAGGAGUUACAAUUGCACAAGAGUACUAUUUGCUGGAUUUGAUAAGGCCCGGUGAUUAUGGAAUAAGAUGUUGCAAUUGAUGGGUGGUUUGUCUUCUUUUGAAUUCAAGUGAUUUAGAUUUUAGAUUGUUUUGACUUUUUGAGUUGUUUAACUUUAAAGCAUGAGGAAAAUUUUUUGAAACCAACUGAACUAAGGUAGUGUCCGUUUGGAUUUUGGGAAUUUGUCCUUGGUUAGGGAGUUAUUGAAUUAUAUUUAAGAUUAACUUCGGUUCUGACUUAUUAUUACUAUGAUGCAGUUCUAGAAUCAUCUCUGCUACAAUCAUAACUAGCAGCAUCAUUUCUCCCGAUAUAGUUGUUGAAUGCCAACUAAUUGGCCGACAGAUUUAUUUACUUAUUUCUGUGACAUCUAUAAGCUAUUUCUAGCGCUUAUCUGAUAUUGUGAAAUUUCAUUUUUAAAUGUACAAUAUCUUCUCUUUUUUAUUUUUUCCCUUGAAAUCUAUGACAUGUUUGUGAAGCUUUGGUUUUCCAUUUUCAUACAUUGUAUCUUUACUUGGGAUUUUCUUUAUUUAUUUUUACUUGUUAGCCUUGUGUCAGUUCUUUUUUCUUCUGAAUCUUAUACUCUUUAAUGCAUUAACUAGUGAUGGUGUUAUGUUUUGUAUUUUAAUCAGUCAGUUUCUGCCUUCUCAAAGGUCCAGUAACUUAGCAUUAGUUUUGGCACGUUAGAGAGUUCAACAUGCCGAAGGUCAGAAGAGAUCGUUCCCUAUCUUCUGAUAGGUGUAGGAGAUCUCCCUUUUCGUGCCACCAAUCUUCACCAAAAUUCCCUUCUGAAACUGAGGAAAAUCUAAAGGAAUGGGAAGAUGCCAGGUGCCCUGUCUGCAUGGAGCAUCCUCACAAUGCAAUUCUGCUCGUAUGUUCUUCCCAUGAGAAGGGUUGCCGUCCAUACAUGUGUGAUACAAGUUAUCGCCACUCUAACUGUUUUGAUCAGUUUCGCAAGUCAUUUUCAGAUACCUCCGCGACAACACCACAAAAUCCUCAACUAGGAGCUCAACUUGUAACCACAAACCUAUCACCAGUUGUGAAUGCAACUUCAGAAUCAACUGUCUCCGAGUUGCGGGAAGAAAGGACUGAGGAAGGUCCCUCCAACCCAUCUAUUGUCUCAUGUGAAAACCAGGUGCUCCCAAAACUAGUAUGCCCUCUAUGUCGUGGUGAGGUAAAAGAUUGGCUUGUUGUAGAGCCUGCUCGUCAUUUCAUGAAUGCCAAAUCUAGAAGCUGUUCCUCUGAAACAUGUAAUUUUACUGGUUCCUAUAAAGACCUAAGGAAACAUGCUAGACUAGAGCACCCUUCUGCCCGCCCAUCUGAGGCUGAUCCUGAGCGACAACGAAACUGGAGGAGGUUGGAGCGUCAAAGAGACCUUGGAGACUUGCUCAGCACACUUCAAUCUUCAUUUGGGGAGGAGAGGGCUGAUGACAGCAUUUUGCCAAUUGAUGAUGGUAGUUGGCUGACCGUCUUUUUCCUUAUUCGAGUGUUUCAACCAGGGUCUAGUCCUAGGAGCAGCAGUUGGUCUGGCACCUCAAGAGCGAGAGCUCAACUGAGUAUUAGGAGGAGAUCCACAAGACUGUGGGGAGAAAGCUAUGAUGGGGAACCCGGAUCUACCAGAGAUGAGGACAAUGAGUCUUCAGAUAGUGGAUCAUUUCCUUGGAGGCGCCGUGUAAGGCGACGGACAUCUCCCGAUAAUCAACCAUGACUGUCAUUGUAUCUUUAAUGUGCUCUGUUUCUUGUUUGCAUGUGAAAGUUUCAAUUGUUGGACAACAAGAGGAAUAUAUAAAGUCCAUUGCUCGAGCGUCUCUUGUAUCUGUUGCGCACAGCGUGGAACAAAGUUGGGGUCCCCAGUUGUUGGGUGUUUUUAUCAAAUGAGUGAACAAGUUUUAAGGUAUCUGGGAACUUGAAAUCAUGCAGUAUACCUUUUUCUGAUUGGCAGCAAUUUUAUAUUCUGUCUUUAUGGCUGCAAUAAUUUGAAGGCUUACUUUUUAUGAGGGACAUUUGUUUCUGGGUUCGUUGAACAACUGUUAUGAUGUUCUAUUCCUGCCAGGUCUGCCAUUUGUUUAAAGAUACUAUGUUCUAAUUAAAAUGAAUUCAACGGAGAUGUGGUGGUUA